AUGGAUCAGGCAGACAAGCUCAAUCGGGCAGCUGGAAAGGGCGACGAGGAGGCCGUGCGCCGCCUGCUGGCGACAGGCGCUCGGGCCGAUGGACAGUGCCAGUGGGGCGACCUGCCGCUGCACGAAGACAGCUUGGGUGGCCACGAGGGCGUGGCGGCGUCGGCGGUGCAGCCAGCCCUUGACGCCUGCGUCGGCGCCGGGCCGCACUCUGCAACCCUCUACGCCGACCUGGCGGCCCGCCUGCCACUUAGCCAGGAGCAGUGGAGCUCGAUUCCGGCGCCAUGCCCCGACCUGGCGCGCGCGCUGCCAACCGUCCUGCAGCGCUCGGCGGCCGAGGCUGGGUGGCUGGUGGGGCGGCUGGCGGAGGGGCAGCGCAAGCGGCUGCGGGCGGCGGCGCUCAGCCUGGCGCGGGCGCAGCGGGGCGUGCCAUCCCUGCCGGCAGAGCUGUGUGGGCGCAUCCUAGCGUUGUGCCUGCUGGACCCCUGA